CUCUUGUUGAGAUGUGCAGAGCAGGGCCAGGGGCAGUCCUGUGAAUACAAUAGAGGACACAGUUCACUGGUUCUUGAUUUUGAACCAAAAGGCAGAGUGGGCACUGAUUGGCAUCAAUCAUGAAAUCAACUGGCUUUCCCUACACGCAGCGCUGCCGCCUCACCAACAGCUCCGCGGUGCCCCUGACGUUCCAGCUCCGCAUGUCGGACGAUGGCACGCAGCCGGCUGUGGACAGCGUGGAUCAGAUCCGCAGGGACACCGACCCGGCCUGGAGCAAGGGAAUCCAUUUCCAUGUGGAGCCCAGGGAGUUCAGCAUCAAUCCCAGCCAAGGCACCAUCCUCCCCCAGGGACACCAGGACAUCGAGGUGACCCUGUGCUCCAACACGGUGAUGGAGUUCUGCCGGAGAUUGCUGGUGGACCUGGACAGUAUUGGCAAGGGAGUGGCAGCCCUGAUCAUCACAGCCAGAUGUCUCGUUCCUGAGCUCCAAGUGUCCUCCCCAGUGCUGCUGUGUGAUGAGUGCCACCUGAAGGUGCCUUAUGAGAGGAAGAUCCUCAUUAGGAAUCCCAGCCACCUUCCUGGCUGCUACGGGCUUAUUCCCCAGAAACGCAAGGAGGACUCUGCUGUGCUCUACUCCAGCCCCAAGCCCUGUGGGAUUGUGCAGCCCCAGAGCACAGCAGAGAUCCCAGUUGUGGUGGCAGUGCAGGCCCUGGGCACUCAUCGCACCGACGUUCUCAUCGGCGUGUUCGGGGAUGAGAGAAACCCCCUGAGAGCACAAUUACGGAGCUCAGGACGGCUGGCGGAAAUCUCCCCAAGCCCAAGGCUGGCAGAGCUUGGCAGGAUCCCAGCACCACAGCCUGUAGAUGAGCUCCACCCACCUAAAUUCAAACCCCAGCCACCGAAGGAGAGGAGAAUCAGUCUGGAUUGCCCAGCAACUCGAUGGAGGCACUUCAGGACUGGAAAGGAGGAGGCAGCCAGAGCCCUGAAAGAAGUGCAGGAUUUUAGCCAAUCUUCAGGAGCAGAGGCUUUCAGUAUCCUGCCACUGCCAGGUAUGCUGCAGCCAGGACAGAGCGAGCAGGUCUCCUCCACCCUCUCUGGCCACCUCAACACCACCUGCAAUAUCCCAGACCUGUGCCACAUGGAGGGAGGCUCCACCUCCGACGUGCUGGUGCCCAGAGUGGCCUCAUGUGUCAGCUCCUCCCUGAGCCCCCAGGAGAUCAACUGUGGCUCUCAUGCCCCUCUCAGGGACAGAAGGGAGCUGAAGGAGCCAGCUCAAAAGGUCAAGGAGGAGGCAAAAGCCAUAGAGGAAGAAGAGAGGAGGAAGGAGGAAGAGAGGCAGAAGAAGGGAAAGAAGAGUGUCUCUAUUCCCACCAAGGAGAAGCCCUUCUGCUGCCCUGACUGUGGGAAGGGCUUCAACUGCUACUCCAAGCUCAUCAUCCACCAGCGCAUCCACACUGGAGAGAGGCCCUACCAGUGUCCCACGUGUCAGAAGAGGUUUCACACCAGCUCCAAUCUCCUUCUGCAUGAGCGGAUUCACACGGAUGAGAGGCCCUUCCGCUGCUCUGAUUGUGGGAAGGGCUUCAACCACAAAUCCACCCUCGUCACCCACCAGCGCAUCCACACUGGGGAGAGGCCCUAUGAGUGUCCCCAGUCAUUUCCUAUUGGUCCCUUCCGUGUGUACCACCCGUGA